AUGUCGCAACCACUCGAACGAGCCAACCGCUCGCCCAACAGCUCUGAAGAUGAGCUCCUCUCGGAGUUUUCGAAUAUUCUGACGCCGAAAAUCGACAGCAUGGGUACCUCUCAAGAAAUCAGUGAUACGGAGCUGUCAUGUCAAUUCGAAAAAAGAACAGUGAAUGGAGAUGAAGAUGAGAAAGAGCAGAUGCAGAAGUUGCAAUCCGCCGUCGACUGCCACGAAGACAUAGCCGAAGCUCUCCGCGACAAAAUUGACUCACUGAGAAACAAUAAGUUCGAUCUGGAAUUUGAAGCACAAGAAUAUCGAAACGAGAUUCGUGAGAAUCAAGAAAAAAUUGAGAAUCUUGAGAUGCGGAAUGUGGAAAAUGAGACUUAUUACCUGGAGGCAAUUGCUCUGUUGGAAAAAGCAAAAAAUGUGAAUUUCAUCGCUUAUGACGGGGCUAAAAUGUCGGAGAUGGAGCAGGAGAAUAAGGAAUUGAAGGGGAAGAUUGAAGAGCUCAAGAAGACGUUGAGUGAAGAGCGACAGCGGAAUCUCACCCUGUGUAGAUCAAAAAUUCAAGUGAAGUUCGAUGAACUCUCUUACUACAUGAAGCAGUUGGAGCUCCACCAGGAAAUUGAGAAUCGUGAUGAGAAGUUGAGACAGAAAGAUAAGGAGAUUGAGAAUUGGCAAUGGGAUGUGAUCGAUUUGAGAAGAAAAAUCCAGAAACCAAGCGGUCUAGUCAAGAAGAACACAAAACUGCUCAAAGAAAUGAAGGAGGCAAAGGAGACAAUUCAGAAAUUGGAGCAGGAAGCUAUAUUCUCUGCACGGAAAGUUCCAGAUCUUCCAAUUGAUCCCAUGCAGAUUGGGGCAGCAGAUUUCUUAACCGUCUCUAAAGCUGAGUACAACCGGAAGGUUUACGAGCUGGAGUACGCCAAUGAGCAGAUUGCGAUGAUUUUGGAGGAUCAAGAGGAGAAAAAGAAAAGGGAGGAUGAAGAUGAGAAGAAGAUGCUGAGAGCACAGAUUGAGUUGAAUAAGAAGAUUCAAUUGAUGUCGCAAUGGUGA